AUGUCGCCGUCAGACGGUCAAGCACUGUACGGCGACGAUCAACACAAUUCGCGCACCGAGUCGACAUCUUCGGGCGCCGCGAACAUGGACGCGCGCGGCGACGAUGCGCCCACUCCGGGCUCGAGCAGCUCGCACCACACCACCUCUCCAUCACAGGGCCGCACGCCAGCAUCCACCACUCCGCGCUCGGCCGGCCACCGAGCCGAUCACACUGACGAUGCGGCCGACCGUGCCGACGCUCCGCAGCCGUCCGGGAGCGGCGCAGGCACAGCAGCCGUGCCGCUCGCGGGCAAGCGAUCGCGCUCCGGCUGCCUCACCUGCCGCAAGCGCAAGAAAAAGUGCGACGAGACGCUGUGCGUCGAAACUGGCGGCUGCUGGCGCUGUCGCAACGCCGGCUAUCGCUGCGAGGGCUUCCGCCGCGCGCCCGUCACGUUUGAGCCCGGCACCACCACCACGUCCAAGUCCAAACGCAUCAAGAUCGCUUCGCCCGACGACUCAAACCCGCGCGUAAAGACCGAGCCCGCCUCGUCCACGAGCCAGCUGGCCGACUUUGAGCACGAGGCGCGCCAGGCGGACGGGAUGGCUAUGCCCAACUCGCUCGCCCAGUUUGCAGGCCUCGCGACCAGCACGGCUGCCUGGCCCAUGGUCAACGGCCUUGCACCAGCGCCGACCACGACAACGACGAAAGCCGAUGCCAAGCCGCCCAUCUCGUACAAGAACGGCACGCCUACAUCACCGCCCUCGACGUUUUCGAGCUUCGUGCAUCCCUCGGCCAUGUUGCCGCCACCCCCACGCUCACCGCUUCGAUCCGCACACGAUCACGAGCCAAUACGACCGCCACCAGCGGCCACCUCGGCGUUCUACGCCGCUUCGUCGUACGUGGCGUGCGAGAUCGUGGGCGACUGUCUGUUCUCGGGCCGCCAUCUGUGCGCGUCGUGCAGCGCGGUGGCGAACCGGCUGAUGCAGCCGGACCCGGCGCAGCUCGCCGCCAUGGAUGCGGAUCUGGUGCAGGUGCAGCCCAUGCCGAGCCUGUCGACGCCCAUGGCGUCGCGUCCGCACUCGCCCGCACCGCACGCCGCGCCCGACGCCAACGGAGCCAGCCAGGCGAGCGCCAAGUCGAAGCUCGUCAUGGAGAGCCUGAUCGGCUACUACAGCACGCUCAUCACAUGCUGGACACAGGGGUGCGACGUGCGCGGUCUCGAGGCGUCUACGCUGUUUCGACAGCUCGUGCCGUAUCUGCUCGACAGCGUCGACACCAAUCCGCCGCUGCGGCUGUCGAUCGCGGCCGUCACGGCAGGCUACGUGGGCGGCGCGAGGCUCACGUGGCCCAAGGACGUGGUGGCGAUCCAUCAGUGGGCCAACACGCUGCGCGGCGAUAGGACGUCGAUCGCCGACUGCGUCAAGGCGAAUCUGAGCUUUCCCUCCCCCGCCACGCCCGAUACGGUGUGGUCGGCAUCGCCGUCGGGCAGCCUGUCGUCCGAGACGCCGGCGGGCGCAUCGUCGCUAUCGCCAGCCAACGCCGAGCGGCUACGGCGGGCGUCGACCACACACGCCACGCUCGACGAUCUGCUCGUAGGCCAGGCGCAGACGCUCAAGCAGCUAGCGGUCAAAUCGCUCGAGCAGGCGGUGGCCGACUACCGGUGCAAGACGGCCACGGCUCGUGCUGCCGGUGUGGGCUUCACCGAAAAAGGGUUCCUGGCCGAGCUCAAGCAGGUGAAUCCGGUGCUGUUGGCGGCGAUGAACAUUGCCAUCUAUGCCUUUGCCGAGGAGGGCAUGGAGAGUUACUUUGAAGAGGCGGCGCGCAUGCGCGCGCUCAUCGACACGCUGCUCGGCGCCUUCCCGCCCGUGGAUCUGGCCAAGCUCGUGUCGCACGAGCUGCUCGGCUUCCGCACGUACGUGUGGUCGGACGUGAGCACGGCAAUUGCGUGUGGCACGCGACCACAUCUGCAGCUGGCCAAGUCGACGUUUGCCACCGACGCCGACGCUGUGGGGACGGCGGAGGGGACGAUUGAACGCGAGCUGGACAUGGCGUUUGGGCUGCAGGAUGCGUCGCUGAUCGCGCUCUCGGACAUUGCGCGGCUGCGGUACGACUACGACGGCGGCGACUUUAGCAAGACGGCGCAGCGUGCGGCGGGGAGUGCGGUGCCGGCGUGGGUGCACGAACGCGCGCAACGCAUCCAGACGCGCGCCGAGAGCUGCCGGAUCGAGACGAGCCUCACGACGGGAUCGGCGAUCUGUGCCAUGAUGACCAAGAGUGCGUGUGUGAUUCUGAUCCACACGCUCAUCUACCGCGUCGGUGCGUUGCAUCCGGUGGUGCGGAGUCUGCUGCGCGGCAUGCUGGAGCUGUGGACGAGCGCGGGCGAGCAGUACUGCCGCAGCGUAGGAUGCAGCAACUUCAACCUGCCCAUCUUUAUCGCAGCGUCCGUAGCGGUGGACGAGGCGGAUCGCAAGGUGUGCGAGCAGGCCAUGCAGAUCGUAGGUCACGAGGAGGCCGGACCGGCACCGGGCAGGGAGUUGAUCCGCGAAGUAUGGCGACGCACCGACAUCACGGGCCAGCCGUGCUUCUGGACAGACCUGGUCGCCACGGGCGAUUUCGCCGUCGCCUUCUUCUGA